AUGAAUAGGAUACAUAAUAAUGGCAUCCAGUUUAUACAGUGGAUUCAAAACUUUGAAAAACUGGAGCCUUUAUUCACAGUCGUUAGUCAUAUCGGUAGUCCUAAUACUGCCUACUCACUGACGUUUCCAACUGCUUAUUAUAUUGACCCAACAUUGGGGAUCACGACAAUCUUAUGUGCGGCUUUAGCGGACUGGUUAAACGGAAUACUUAAGUGGAUGUUAUAUGGUCAUCGGCCAUAUUGGUGGCUUACACUGAACCGAUCACUGACCGACCCUGACUUAUCUGUAAAACAGUACCCACUAACAUGUGAAACUGGACCUGGAAGUCCAUCAGGCCAUUGUAUGGUAUCUGUAGCAAGCCUAACACCAAUGAUAACUUACUUCUACCAUAGAUUAAAAAAUCGAAAUCAUCAACGAUGUUUGAUAACACUAUCCUGUUUAGUUUUUGGGUUAAUUGCAAUUAGCCGCUGUUAUUUGGCUGCACAUUUUCCUCAUCAAGUCAUUUUAGGACUAAUAUCUGGUAUCACAGUUGGGUUAUUAUUUAGUUCACCUGAUGGUUUCCUCAGUCCAAAAAACGAAGUCAAAAUAAACUGGUUACAUGUACAAACUGUUUAUCUUUUAACUCAUCCAAAUAGACUAUUGUGGUUGGGCUUCGGUUCAUUCAUGUUUGCAUACGUUUUCAGCGUAUUCUUAGAGUAUGGUAUAAAAGUAGAUCCUAAUUGGAGUAUAACUUUAGCACAAUCAGCAUGUUUACAACCAGAAUGGAUCCACUUGUCAACAAGUCUUAUGAUGGGAUUUUCACGAAUUGCUGGGACUGCUACUGGUUUAUCUUUAGGUUUACGUCUUAAACCAACACAUUCUAAACAAUCAGUAUUGGGAAUAAAUUCCUUACCGAUUAUUCUAUUCAGUUUAUUAAUUGUGGUUAUCAGUACAAAGUUUAUGGAAUCAAUGUGUAACCAGCUAAUCAGUCUUUUUACAAUUAAUAUUAGUAAUAAAGUGAUGACAAGUCAUUUUAAUAUGUUACAUUUAUUUAAUUCAUUUUUACAAGGGACUAUUUGUCCAUUCAUUACAGUUUUUAUUGUACCAACAGGUAUGAAUUUAUUUUAUCGUAAGUAUAACUAA